AAAGUUGGCUAAAAAAUGGGGAUAAAUUUUGGUGCUGAUGUGGCGCUGAUGUGGCAGGAGUUAGGGAGAAAUAAGGGAGAAAUAAUGGAGACCAUUGGGAGUGCUCUUAACCGCCGGAUCGGAAAUGGGAUGGAUCGCGGCAGGCGCUUCUCUGAAAUUAAUUAUUCAUAUUUUUCAUUUUAUAUUUAGUAAUUUUCAAAUUCAAUUUGUUAUUUUAUUUAUUUAAAAUUAUAAAAAUUGAUGCCAAUUACUCUACGUUUUCUCUGAUUUUUUUUUUCCACUUCACUUCAUUUCUCACUAAGUACGCCAACUAAUUACUAUAUCAUGUUUUAUGUUCAUCCAAAUUGUACUAUUUUUAUUUUCUUAUUUUUUUAUAUUUUUAUAAUUAUUUGUAGUAUUAUUUUAAUAUUUUAUUUUGUUUAGUAGCAUAAAAAUUUGACACUGGUCAAGUGCAUUGGGACUGUUAUAUAUUCAUAACAUGAGCAAGAGCAAGCUGGUUUAGCUAACGACAUCGCUUUCUCGUUCUCGUAAAAUAUUUGAGAAAUUCUGCGUCGCAAAGAUGGAAGCUCUCCAGAAUCUCGGACUGCUUGAUCACCAGCAGGGAAUUAUACGUUGUGCACGAUAUAUUGAGUUGGAACAAGCAGAUCUUGAUGCCCUAAAGAAGAGUAUAAGAUUCUUUGAAGCUGCUAUGCCACAGUUUGAUGAACAGGGCCGGAGUCUUCUGACAGCCAUGUCGUCAUUGUGCUCAAGGCUUGCAUGUGAGGUCAUUAUUGUUACUCCCCGUUCUGCAGAGGUUGCUGAUAAAAAGGCUGAAGGCGGUCAUACUGAGCAGGCAAACUGUGACAGAAUGAUGAUACUCAAUCUUGUGCCAACCAAGUUGUCAGAGGUUAUAAGCAAAAAUGAGUCAAAGUUAGAUAAGGCUAUGGUUGACGGAACUAGAAUUGAUAGUUCUCCGGCAAACAGAAAACUUCUCCAACCUGAGAAUAUAAAAGCUGUUUCUGAAUCUGGUUUUAAGAUGGAUGGUUUAACCAAGGAUGAUAAAAUGCUGUCAAAGAUGGAAAGUAAUACUGGAGGAAAUGUUGAAGCGAAGGCGAAAGAAGCUGCAACAGUUUUUAUCUUUAUGGAACCUAAUACUGCAGCUUGUACCAAUUUGGCCUCUAUCUGUUGGAAUAAGCUAAUUAAAGUCCUCUCAUCAUGCACCAAAUUUGCGUUCCGCGCCAUGAAAGUGGUAGCCAGAGACGCAUUCGUCGGCUGGGGCCUCUUUCGCCUUCAAGAAUGGAAAAGCGUUCGAAUUUAACUGAAUCAAAGGAAUGGGGUUUGCCUCCUAAAAAGAGCCCUCCUUCGUGCCUACCUGCUUGUUAGAUGAAGAUGCUAUCAGACUACUUGUUGGAGGACAUCUUUUUGAAUUAUGGUUUUAUUUCUGCUACUUAAAUUAUGGUACUUAAAUUAUGGACUUAGCCUCUCAUUGUUACUAAAUAAAUGUGGUGCAAAUUUUGGGAGCUGAUUAGUUCUGCCUUCAAGUUAUCGUAGAUUUGUUGCUUUGAUAUC